AUGAGCGGUACGAAGGAAGAUGGAAAGAAGUCCAAGAGUUCCUCAUCGGAAGAGAAAGAACCACAGAAAAUGAAGAAACGUAGGCGGAAGAAGAAGAAAGGCGAUACAAGUCCCGAUGAAGACGAACUGGUAGCACUGAGUAAAAAUGCUGCAACAUUGAAGGUAUCAGACGAGAGAAUCAAAGUGAUGACUCCUGAGGCCGCAAAGCAUCCUGAGACUACGCACGAAGGAGGUGCUGACGACAGAGAAAUGGGGGCCAAAAAUGCCAAAGAAUCAAGCGGUCAUGGAAGUGGUGAGAAAGCGACCGGAAAGCCAACGGAUCGCGAGAAGCCAGUGGAGAAGCAGUCUGAGAAUGUGCAAUCACCAGAUAAGAUGGUAGCUCCGCCUGCCUUGGAUGAGUCCGCAUUCGAAACUUUGGAGAAACCAGAAAUUCUGGAUGAGAAGGAGGAAUCAAACUCGGAGGAGGAGUUGAAGCGGAUGCUGAUGGAGCAAGAACAGAAAGCACUACAAAAGAAGGACGUGCAACCACCUGAAGGGGUUACUGAGAGCCUUGCCGUCCCUAAAGCUGGGCAAAGUCAUGAAAUCCAGUCAACGCGGAAGCCUGAAACUAUUGUCAAUCCAGUGAAAAAGCCGAAGAUAGAAUCACCUGAGAAGCGCGCACAACGAAAAAGCAAAAAACCGCCAAUAGAUGUUCGGAAGGUAAAAUCGGCGGACUCGGGACAGAAGAAAGAGAAAAUGAGGAAAUUUUCUUCCGUGAGCGAAAAAAUGAAAAAAGACAUUUCACCAAGAAGUUCUUCACGAAGUAGAAGUGAAAAAACCGUCUCAGACAAAGAGUCGCCGUCAACAAUGUCUCUAAUAAAUCGCUCAGACAUCCUACAGACUGUGGAUGUGCCUCCGAGGAUGCCCAGAAGAAAAAGUUCCCCAUCAAAAAUUAAGAAAGAGGAAGUUUCUCCGUUGAUUGUUAAAGACUUUACAAAAUCAUACUACGCUCUGCCUGAUCUGGAGUAUCAUCUUCGAAGAAUGUCGUCCCCUCCCUCAAGAGAAUCACUGACUUCCCCAACAGAACAAACUCCUACAAAAGAAAGAAAAUCGUCGCCUACCAUGAAACGAUCUCCAACUGUGGCGCCAUACCACUCAGUAUUGGAAGUAGCAACCGCUAGGGAACGAGCACAAAGGCCCAUACGUUCACCUUCGGUGGUGGAAGUAUCAACAGCAAGGGAGAGGCAUUGGACAAAAUCACGAUCUCCAUCGAAUGAAGUAUCUCGAGGGAAAGAACAACUUCUAACUCCAACCCGGUCUCCUUCGGUAACAGAAAUGUCGACAGCAAAAGAACGACGUCGGCCGACGGAACGUCGGUCUUCUUCAUUGAAGGAGUUAUGGUCAGCAAAAGAAUAUUCUCACCGAAGAAUAGCAUCUUCUCCUGGGAUGGAAGCGUCGACAGCAAGAGAGUGCACCCGGAUAGCAACACGAUCCCACUCGGUGACGGAAAUGGUGACAGCGAGGGAACGUAGUAGCAGGCGAGUAAGAAGGUCUCCUUCAGCCACUGAAAUUUCGACAGCGAGGGAACAUUCUCAGAGGAAAGUAUCAUCUCCUCCGAUGGUGGAUGAAUCACCAGCGAUAGAGCGAUCUUCUCGAGAAGUAUCACCUGCACUCUCUCCUUCAUUUUCUUCUUUGAAGGAGCGUCCGUCAUUGGUAGACGUUGAACUACCGGAAGCAAAAGGCUUUAUAGAGCACCCUUCGGUGACUCCAUCUGAGACAUGUGUAAGGAAGAGUGCGUCGAUGAUUGCCGUCAGUCCUGGAGUCUAUCGCUCAGAAGAGCCUCCAAUUCAUCAUUAUAAAUUUGUUCAUGUUCGUAUUGACUUAGAAGGGAAACCCCUCGAUGCUAAUUUAACGGAAAAUCUCGUAUUAAUUUUUAUUCCUAUUAACUCACCUGCAUUUUAUCACUUAGUGAUUGGAGACCAGAUAGUGGAAAUCAAUGGGCUUGUCCCAAGAAACUUGACAGAGUUCCAAGAGCGUGUGGAAGCAGCUACUGGCGAGGUAAUGCCACAAUCCAUGGGAGCUUUCGCCUUCCUCAUUGUGGACCGAAUCAUCGACAUUGAUUCAGUGAAGAUUCCACACAAGGUCAACAUGGUGGCAUUGAAAAAUCGAAUUCGUGCAGUUCAAGAACGAGACGGCUUCUGCUCCUUUCUUGUCGAACGACCCAGUUCACUACAUCAUUUGACGAACCCCAGCUGUGUAGCCAUGAAAUCCACCGAGCCAACAAUGGACGUGGUCAUGGCAGACGAUGCUGUGGAAAUCGGCUGUCGCGAGGCAUUCAAGCAUAUACAAGUGAAAGACAGAAAGCAUAGGCAUCAUUCUAUCUAUGGCUCUUCUAUACAUGGUCAUUCACCGCAAGAUGGUGCACAACUCAUUACCGCUGAAGAUAGUGAUGAUGGUAACUAG